UCGUGAUGAAUCAGUAGCACAUGAGCCUCGGCGGUGAGAGAGCGCGUUGCCGCGAGCUGCACACAACAAUCAAAUAUUAACCAAACCCUUUGUAGUGCGUACGCAUUUCGUUCCAUAGAACUUGAUUUAAAUGUGUGUGACAGGCGUGUGCAUAUUGUGACGGAAGAUUGUUUAUGAUCCCUGGAUUUGGAUAGCCAUAUUUAGUAUCAGGGCCCAACAUCACACGAUGUUAAUGCAGCGAUGACGUCGGGCCUCAAGAUGGAGUCGAAAGGCACCCAGAUCCACCUCCCGCUGAUGGGUCGCGGCAGCCGCGGGGAACUCAAUGACAAAGUCACCUUCGCCCAGGUCAAGUCGCCGCCCUACUCGGAACAGCUCAACAAUGGACAGUUGUUGGGGGGUUCCCAAAUUAACCUUUGCAACGGUGGUGCCGGCACAACAGCGAUGACCGGUCUUCCAAAGAUACCCAACGGGUACGGAGACCAGAAGAAGCCGAUGGCCACGCUCACACACUUGCCCAAACGCCCACCUGUGGACAUCGAGUUCUCUGAUCUUUCAUAUUCGGUCAGCGAGGGCAGAAAGCGGGGAUAUAAAGCUUUGCUCAAAUGUAUAAAUGGUACAUUCAGAUCUGGAGAACUUACGGCCAUCAUGGGACCUUCUGGGGCUGGGAAAAGUACGCUCAUGAACAUAUUAGCGGGAUACAAAACGUCCAAUGUCAGCGGAUCGAUCCUCAUUAACGGAAAGGAGCGAAACUUGAGACGGUUCAGAAAGUUGUCUUGUUACAUCAUGCAGGACGACUGUCUGCUGCCGCAUCUCACUGUGAGGGAGGCCAUGAACGUGUCGGCGAAUCUGAAACUAGGAAAGGACAUGACUGUCACUGCCAAGAAGAUCGUGAUAGACGAGAUUCUGGAAAUGUUAGGGCUCGUAGAAGCUGGGGACACUAGAACUAUAAACUUAUCAGGCGGCCAGAAGAAACGGCUGUCCAUAGCUUUAGAGUUAGUUAACAACCCACCUGUGAUGUUCUUCGAUGAGCCAACAUCGGGACUGGACAGUUCCUCGUGUUUCCAGUGCAUAUCGCUGCUGAAGUCGUUGGCGCGCGGUGGUAGAACUAUCAUAUGUACUAUACAUCAACCGUCCGCAAGGCUUUUCGAGAUGUUCGACUUUUUGUUCACGUUGGCCGAAGGGCAGUGUAUAUACCAGGGGCGGGUUAGUGGUUUAGUGCCGUUCUUGUCGUCAAUGGGUCUUCACUGUCCGAGCUACCACAAUCCUGCUGAUUACGUGAUGGAAGUAGCAACAGGCGAGCAUGGAGACUGGGUCCACAAGCUGGUGAUGGCAGUGAACAAGGGCAACUGCGGCCGCGGCCAGUCUUCGUCUUCAUCAUCCACAUCAUCCUCUGUACCUCAGAACAUGAACUAUAAUAACCAGACCAGCAAGAAUAAUACUCAGAAGGCUGAGGCGCUAGCUAUUGUGAUAGACAAACCAACCUGCACUGUGAUAGACAUGUCCGAACCAGUCCUAAACCCCGAAAAGCAGAACGCACUACCGAACUCCACAAACCUCGCACCAGUGACCUGCACUACUUCACUUUUAGACUCCAGCGAAAGCUUCACGAAGAAACCGAUCAAGACGGGAUUCCCAACAUCAGGCUGGAAGCAAUUCUGGAUCUUAUUGAAACGGACUUUUAGGAGCAUUUUGCGUGAUCAAAUGUUGACGCAUUUAAGGCUGUGUUCGCAUACGGUGGUUGGUCUGCUGAUCGGGUUCCUGUACUACGACAUCGGAAGGGAUGCUGCUAAAGUGAUGAGCAACGCUGGAUGUAUAUUCUUUACUGUGAUGUUCACUAUGUUUACUGCUAUGAUGCCUACUAUUUUAACAUUCCCAACUGAGAUGAGCGUGUUUGUGAGAGAGCAUUUGAACUACUGGUACUCCCUGAAAGCAUUCUACUUCGCUAAAACAAUGGCGGAUCUACCGUUCCAGAUUGUAUUCAGCGGCGUGUACGUGAUGAUAGUGUACUUCAUGACGGGCCAGCCGAUGCAAACGGAUCGCGUGCUCAUGUUCACCACGAUCAACAUCCUCACGGCCCUGGUGGCGCAGUCUCUCGGUCUGCUCAUCGGGGCCGCAAUGAAGAUCGAGACCGGGGUCUACCUUGGACCAGUCACUACCAUCCCAGUAGUACUUUUCUCAGGGUUCUUUGUCAAUUUCAACGCGAUACCCAGCUACUUGCAAUGGCUUACUUACCUCAGCUACGUCCGAUACGGCUUCGAAGGCGCCAUGCUCUCAGUUUACGGCUUCGGCAGAGAGAAACUCCAUUGCUCCGAAGCUUACUGCCACUUCAGGAACCCUAACCUGUUCCUGAAAGAAAUGACGAUGGAUAAGGCGAACUUCUGGAUCGAUGUGGGCGCCCUCAGUGCGCUGUUCGUCUUCAUUAGGGUAAUCUCUUACUUAGUUCUAAGGUUCAAAUUGAAGAUGAUGCAGUAGGCGCAUGCACAAAACAAUAAGCUUCGUUGGCGAUGAUAUUUUCAUUAAAUUUGUCGAUUUUGAUGGAAUCGGAGUUAAGUGAAUCUUGGUUCGGUGGAGUCUGUUUACCAAAAGGAUAUUAUGAAUCAUUCCUAAGAAUAAAUUAUUAUGUUUUAAGUUGGUUUGAGCUUUGUGUGGUUGAUGAGUUGUUCAGGCUCGCGUGUUUCGAAUGGGAGUAGUUUCAGUAUGAGCGUGUUGUCACUGCUAGCUAUGCUUCGAUAUUAGGGAUGUACUUAAUGGGGUAUGCCCCGUUUAGCUCAACAGUCUUAAGUCCGAUUCUAUUACAAAAAUCUUUGAUCAUCACGGAUUCUGAUAGCAAGUUCGUAGUUAUAAUAAUAAAAAUAGUUUUCGAAAUACUUUAGCUUUUUAGUACGCAGAUAAAGUAUAGAUUGUUUAUACGUACCCAUAGGGGAUAGUCGUUAAGGUUUUAUAGGAGAUCGGGCCCAUGACUUAACUUUUAAGUUAUUUUAGUGGUUAUUCAUACGUUAUUUUAUGAUUUAUUUGUAACAUCACGCGUAGGCGAUAUCAACUUGUAUGUACUCAACAUUCUUAGGUAUUUAAUUAGUAUUUUAAAGUACCUUUCAUUACGCUAAAGAUUUUUUCGUAAAUCUCUAUGUCUAUCCUAAUUACCAGUAUUUAUUAUUAAAUAAACGACUGUGAUUUUUAUAA